AUGUCUGGACCCUCUCACGAACAAGUCGUGACGACCUUCGAAAUCGCUGUCUUACAGAAUCAAAUCACCUUAGCCGCUGUUGUCCUCUACUCGUAUGACACUCUUAUGACACUGUCUAUAGAGAGCACUGGCGUAUGGACCAAGCCAUGGACAAUCAACUCGGUGGUAUACAUCGCAAAUCGAUACAUAUUUUUCCUGCAUGGAAUAUUGAUGCUCAUUGGGACCUUCGGAAAUGGCACCCCCUACAUUCCCUGCUCUUCCUUGGGGACAAUAGAGAUGGCAACUGAAGUGCCAAGUCAAAUUCUGACUGGCUAUCUCCUCAUGCUUAGAAUAUACGCCAUCUACAACAAGAACAUGGUUAUCCUGCUCGUUUUGUCCCCUGUCAUACUUGCGAGAUUCGCACUGAAAAUAGUUUCCAAUUUUAUAGAGCUAUAUCUGGAGAGAACCGACAAUUUCUUGGACACAGGGCUACUGAACACUAUCGCAUGCACGAUCGCGUAUCGCAAAAAUCUCCCUGCGAGCACCGCGCUCACUUUAUGUUUUGUCUUCGCAAUGGGUAGUGCGAAUGCUGCCUUCGCGACCUACUCCUUCGUCUCACGCAAUCAGGUUUCGACCCCCUCUUCUAGUUUCUUCAUCCUUCUGGGCCCAUUCACAGACACGCUUGGAUUUUCAGGACACACCCACGAUCUUCCGGCCUUAAAUUUUGCCGAUCGUCGGGUACUUGGAAGGAUUGGAGUGCCAGUGAGAACCAUACAUGAGGAUGGAGGCCUUUACGCCGAUGCCCUAAGCGUUGAAAAUAAUUCAGACAGAUCCGGGGAUCCCGUGGUAGAUCAAGGAACUCCGAUAAUCCCAGUGGUGUAUGAUGAUGUGACGGAGAGAAGGGCAGACACCGAGGCGGUGCAUGAUCUUAGCUCAGUGUAG